AUGCCCGCAGACCUGCCCUGGCUCAACCUCUCCAGCCGCCCGGCGGCGCUGGGCAACGCGUGCGCGGCCGGCGCGGGGCAGCUGCUUCAGCACCGCGGCCAGUUCUCCGGCGGCCUCUCGGUGCUGCUGGCCGCGCUCAUGGGGCUGCUGGUGGUGGCCACCGUGCUGGGCAACGCGCUGGUCAUCCUGGCCUUCGUGGUGGACCGCAGCCUCCGCACGCAGGGCAACUUCUUCUUCCUCAACCUGGCCCUCGCCGACCUGCUGGUGGGUGGCUUCUGCAUCCCGCUCUACAUCCCCUACGUGCUGACGGGCGAGUGGAGGUUCGGCAAGGGCUUGUGCAAGCUGUGGCUGGUGGUGGAUUACCUGGUGUGCACCGCCUCCGUCUUCAACAUCGUCCUGAUCAGCUUCGACAGAUUCAUUUCCGUUACCAAAGCGGUGAGUUACAGAGCUCAGAAGGGGAUGACUAGAAAUGCAGUAUUAAAGAUGAUAAUCGUAUGGAUUGCAGCUUUUCUUCUCUAUGGACCAGCCAUCAUCAGUUGGGAGUAUAUUGCUCAAAAAACUAUCCUCCCUGAAGGAGAGUGCUAUGCUGAAUUUUUCUACAAUUGGUAUUUCUUAAUGAUUGCUUCCACUAUUGAAUUCUUUACACCUUUCAUUAGCGUUACAUACUUUAACUUAAGCAUCUACAUCAACAUCAAGAAGCGCACUCCCAUGAGAAAUGAAAACCUAGCACCUGGUCAAGAGGACUGUGAAACAAGUUUCCAAGGGAAAAAAAGAGAGCAUGUAGUAUUUUUUGUAAAACCUGACAGACAGAGAGCUAAGAAAAGGAGAGCUAGUAGCCUUUCACCCACUAGACCCUGCGGUUCAAAGGUCAGCCUAUGUAAACUUGAUAACCAGUCCCUAGAUUUUAAUGUUGGUCAAGAUUUACCACCCUUACAGGUGGAUGUUGAGACCAAACAACCCAGGGGCAGUUUUUACAAAGCUACAGAAAACGUUUGCACCACCACAAGAAGAACAGACAUUGCCAACAGUAUGGCAAACAGAGUUAGACUUUCCCGGGACAAACGAGUAGCCAAGUCUUUAGCAAUUAUUGUCUGUGUGUUUGGUUUGUGUUGGGCUCCUUAUACACUUCUGAUGAUCAUUAGAGCAGCUUGUCAUGGGCAAUGUGUGCAUCAUUCACUCUAUGAGACUUCAUUUUGGCUUCUGUGGCUGAACUCGGCCAUUAACCCUGUUUUAUACCCACUGUGCCACAUGAGCUUCAGAAAAGCUUUUAUAAAAUUGCUGUGUCCUGGUAAGGCUAAAAUUCAUCCCCACAUUUUUAUGUAAAAAUGUAUAAGGAAAACAAGAAUGCUAUGUAGAAACACUACUUGCUUCUAAAAGGAACCUGCUGGCGCUGCUUUGGUUUAGCUCUGUGAAUUAGGACUACCACUGGUUACUUUAAGUCACGGUAGGCUUAGGAGAAUUUAAGAUCAAUUCAAAUAUAAAUCUCUCUCUGAUUUAUUUGUAACAGUGCAAUGCUAAUGCAUCACAACCAGAAAGUGGCCCUAGCUAGUUUGUUUUCAUUCAAAGCAGAAUGACAUGCAAAAAGGCAAACAGCAUUCCUAUGAAAAAAGUAAAGUAAGUUUGCAAAGUCUUUCACCUUUAAUUUCAGGUGUUAACAGGUUAGGAUUUUUCUUAAUAUGAUCUGUAACCUGAUAAAAUUCCCUUUAAUUACUUUGCAAUGAUAAAGUGUAGAUGACAUCUGCAGGCCACAAAAAUACAGAGUACAGAAAGUAAAAAUACUGCAAGAAUUAAUGUAAGUUAAAAUAGAGUUUAGUUUGAAAAGAUGUAUUUUUCAGAAGGAAGAAACUGAUUAGAUUUACAGUAUUUUUAUCCAUCCACUGAUUUAUCCUUCCAUUAAAAUAACCAAAAUGUACAGAGAAAGUUUAAGAAAACAUAAAUUGUGUGUGGAUUUAUCAAUGUGUAAGCAAUAUUGCACCAAAUUACUGUAUAUACAUUAUAAAAAACGCUGCAUUAAGGACCUAGUUCAAAAUUCACUAAAGCUAAUUGAAUCUCCCUUGGCUUAAGCGAGUUUCGGAUACAGGCCCAAGUAUCUGUGUGUCUUCUUAUAUAGAAUAGCACACCAUCGUACUCUUGCUGGUAUAUAAUGCCAUACCUAAAAAACAGCAGCCUACCUAUGUAUAUCUAUAAAACAGAGUUAAAACUAAGUGAAUACAGAACGAUCGCAAAUGAAUAAAAUGCAUCUGAUAAGUAAGAGGAAGGUGUAACAGUUAUUAAACACUGGAUGGAUAUAUAUAGAAAUGAGUACUACUCUAAAUAUGAACGUUGAUGUGGCUUAUUAUUGGGCUAUUGAGAGAAGAGAUUAAUAGAAGGAAGAAAAAUGUGGGCUAAGAGUCUAAUUUUAGUUUUUCUAUUACAUCAUGUUAGCAGUCUGUUAGUACAGAGUCCAGCAUAAUGUCAAUGGGCAUUAGGAUCAAAGUUGCAGAGAAAUAUAAACGUGCUCCAAUUAUGUGUGGUAGCAUAACUGUAUAUAUUUACCCUACAGGCAUCUUUUUAAAUCUAUGAACAGUGCUUAAAGUGAUACUAAAUGUUUUUAUGAAUCUCACUAUCCACAAUCAUUGUCAAAUAAAAAUCAGUAUUAGACUAAAAUUGAUUUCCUGCUACUGGAACAUUUUAAGUCAAUGAAAAUAUUUGUAGAGACAGAUAUUGGUUGAAAUUCAUUUUUAAAAACACUCAAAUCUUUCAAAGCCUAAUUAUAUACAGCCAGAUCAGACACAGUCAGUGAAAAUCCAGGGAAACACCCCAAAAUAAAACAAAGUUAAAAAAUACAAACAUCUAG